UGACAUCAUAAGCCUGCGCCGCUACUGCACUGGGAUUCAACUGGAGAAAGGAUAAAGUGUCCAAACGCAGAGGAAAAACUCCUGUUGAAGCGACUGAUCUCCACACUGUUAUAAAGAUGGCGUUUAUUAAAGAGGAGAGUGAAGAUGUGAAGAUUGAAGAAACAUUCAGAGUCAAGCAGGAAGAUCUGCAGGAACAAACAGCCCUGAUGGUGCUGAAAGAAGAGACUCAUCAACUGAAUGAAAUGGAGAAGAAACAGCAGUUUGAGAAACCCCAAGAAAUAACGACUGAUGAAAACCCCACACUGACUAAAAAGACUUCAUGCAGAAGACCUCGGAGAUCCAAAUCUGCGUGUAAUUUAACCUGUCGUCAAUGUGGAAACUGCUUCAGCCGAAAACGCAGCCUUCAAGUCCACAUGAGAAUUCACACCGGAGAGAGGCCUUUCACCUGUAAAGAGUGUGGGAAGAGUUACAGUCAAAAAUCAAACUUUAAUGUUCACAUGAGAAUUCACACUGGAGAGAGGCCGUACACAUGCCAACCGUGUGGGAAAAGCUUCUAUAAUACAGGAAACCUUGCAGCGCACAUGAGAAUUCACACUGGGGAGAAGCCUUACUCCUGCCAUCAGUGUGACCUAAUUGAAGAGAAUGUGGGGAGUAAAGAGGAGGAACAUCAUGUCAAAAUUGAGGAAAAAACUCAUUUACAGACUGAUGGUAUUUUGAAAAGGAGAGACAAGAAUCGUUUCACCUGCACUCAGUGUGGAAAGAGUUUUGAAAGAAAAGGCAAUCUUACGAUUCACAUGAAGAUCCACACUGGAGAGAAACCAUUCACAUGCACUCAAUGUGGGAAGAGUUUCAGCCACUCAUCACACCUUAAUCUACACAUCAGGAUCCACACUGGAGAGAAACCAUUCACAUGCACUCGGUGUGGGAAGAGUUUCAGCCAAUCAUCAUACCUUAAUCAACACGUGAAAAUCCACACUGGAGAGAAACCAUUCACAUGCACUCAGUGUGGAAAGCGUUUCAGCCAGUCUUCAAACCUUAAUAAACAUAUGAUGAUCCACACUGGAGAUAAACCUUUCACAUGCACUCAGUGUGGGAAGAGUUUCAUCCGUUCAUCACACUUCAAUGAACACAUGAGGAUCCACAGCGGAGAGAAACCAUUCACAUGCACUCAGUGUGGGAAUCGUUUCAUCCGCUCAUCACACCUUAAUCAACACAUGAGGAUACACACUGGAGAGAAACCAUUCACAUGCACUCAGUGUGGGAAGCGUUUCAUCCGCUCAUCACACCUUAAUAAACACAUGAGGAUACACACUGGAGAGAAACCAUUCACAUGCACUCAGUGUGGGAAGAGUUUUAACUGCUCAUCACACCUUAAAGAACACAUUAGGGUCCACACUGGGGAGAAACCAUUCACAUGCACUCAGUGUGGGAAGAGUUUCAGCCGAUCAUCAUCCCUUAAUCUACACAUGAGGAUCCACAGUGGAGAGAAACCAUUCACUUGCACUUAAGCUGCAGACACACUGGACUUUUCCUCCCAUAGACUUCCAUUCAUGCGCACACGAAUGCAUCAGAUUGGAAACGCAAGUUCAUGCAUCAAGUUUUGCAGUUCACUGCCUUGCAAAGUUCAAGCUUGGUGAACUCUGACCUGCGAAAUUGAAUCACUUGACUGUGUGAGACCAAUCAAAGAUCAAAACAUGACCUCUCUGGACAGCAAUUUAAAUUAUGGACCAAUCACUCAUUUUUUAUUGUCUAAUCAUCUUGUUUAAUCCCGCCCCUUUUCGCAGUGCCGUACAACAGAAUUCGGUGCUUCGGUGUGGGAUGAGUUUUAGCAACUCCUCAGACCUUAAUAAACACAUGAAGACCCACACUGGAGAGAAACCUUUCACAUGCACUCAGUGUGGGAAGAGUUUCAACCGAUCAGCAAACCGUAAUGAACACAUGAAGAUCCACACUGGUGUGAGAGUAUAUGUGCUGGAGUGUGAGAAGACUUUUAUUACAGCUCCAAAACUGAAACCGCACCAGACGAUUCACACUGGAGAGAAACCGUACAGAUCUGAUCAGUGUCUACAGAGUUUCACUCAUUCGGCGCAGCUUAAGAAAAACAUGGACAAAAAGUUGCACACAUGACAUGAAUGCAGCAAAACAUUUUCUCAUGUGCACAGGAGGUUUCAUGUCUGAAUAAUGUUUGAAAAGGCUUAGUGAUGGUAUACUGUUUUCCAACACUCGUACACUGCAGUAGGUGGGGUUGUAAAUGUGUUGCGCUCCUCGCGUUUACUGUAAACACAAUGAUGGCGGCUGAGUGAAAAACAGUUUCAUAAACCUCUGGCAAACAGCACCUCUGUGGCCUAAAAUCUCUUUGCAAGUGAUUGUACAGGUGCAGAUACGUAUGUACUCUACUCUCCAGUGUAUUCAUGUAGCUAGUGUUGUUUUGGAUGAUGUUCUCUGUCUGACUCCCUCAAGUUUAGAAAGCUCAUUCAAUUGUCCUGUCUUGCAUAUUUUAUUAGUAAAGUUUCUUUACUUUUUGGUUCAA